AUGAGGCGUCAAAUUUUGUGUUUAUCAACAAAAGUGACGCAAAACAGUUGCACAAAGGCAUUGCCAUUGACGAGAUUCUUAAGUAGUCAAGAAGCUAUAGAUCGGCGUUACCACCUUUUUACAUUAGAAAAGAAGCGUCAAUUGGAAAAUGUCGGCAGAAUUGAGAAAAUUGAGGUCCAAUACAAAGGCGUACCUAAAAGUUGCACUUUAAUAAUGAAUAAGGGAAUCUCGACGCCUUACGAUUGUGCCAAACAUUUAAGUGAAUGGCACGUAGAGUCCAGUGCUCUAGCACUGCUUGAUGGCUCAGUUUACUGGGACAUGCACAGACCACUCACAGAAAACUGCACUUUAGAGCUCCAAAACUUCUCAGUAGCAGAGCCGCAGCAGGUGAACAAGGCAUUCUGGAGGACUUGCUCGUUCGUGCUUGGCGCGUGCGCCACCAUCGCGUUCAAAGACACGGUGCCUGUCAAACUGCACAGUUUUCCUGGACCUGACAUCCGCAGCGGCUCCUUCAUAUACGACGUGGACCUACCAACCCUGAGUGACUGGAAGCCGACACAGCAGGAGUUAACCACGUUGGCAGCCGAGUACAUCAAGCUGACGAGGCUGAAUGAACCGCUGGAGAGGCUCGAAGUGGGCGAGGAGUUGGCUCUGGAGAUGUUUGUGGAGAAUGAACAUAAGACUAAGCAGAUACCUAGCAUUGCGCGGCAUAAUGGUAAAGUAACACUAUACAAAGUGGGUAAACACGUAGAUAUAUCCAAGGGCCCCAUGAUCAGCACCACUGGACAAAUUGGACGACUCAGCAUACCAUCUGUACACAAAAUAAACGGGUCAGCAGAGGGCGACGUGAAGCAGUUGUACAGGUUCCAGGGCGUGGCUCUCCCUACCGGAGUCAUGAUGAACCACUUCACCUUCUCAAUACUCGCACAGAGAGCUAAGAAAUUGAAUCCCGUAAAGUCCCCGAUCCCGAAGCCCGUGGAGUCUGAAGAAAAAGAAGAAAUAGCGAUGAAGGGCUGA